UACACCUGUCCCGGGGAGACUCACCUGUCCUGUCCCGGGGAGACACACCUGUCCCGGGGAGACACACCUGUCCCGGGGAGACACACCUGCCCCGGGGAGACUCACCUGGACCAGGGAGACUCACCUGUCCCCUGUCCCAGGGAGACACACCUGGACCAGGGAGACACACCUCUCCCCCCGCCUCUCCCCCUCCCUCUCCCCGCCCCCGGUGCCGGGCCCGGCCGCCGCCGUCGCUGCUGCUGCCGCUGCUGCUGUUGCCACGGCCGCUGCCGGAGCGCCGGGCCCGGGCCGCGCCACUACUCGAGACCGCAGGCUUGAGCGGGGCCUGCAGGCCGCGGCCUCCGGACAGCGGGAAACGGGCUCCGGACAGCGGGCCUCGGACACCGGCUCCCGGGCUCCGCCGGGCAACGCCAUGGGGGAGAGGCUGCUGCCCUCCUACGUGCCGUCGGACAGGGAGCCGGUGUUGGUGCGGUUGCCAUUCACCGGCGUGUGCGUGGUCACCGUGCUCUGCCCACUCUGUGGAUUCCUCUUCUGUGUCAUCUGGUCGCUCAUCUUCAACUUCGAGGAAACGACAUCCACCCACUGCAUGGUGCCCAACUACCUCCCCUCCAUCAGCUCGGCGAUCGGAGGAGAAUCGCCGCAGCGGUACGUCUGGCGUUUCUGCAUCGCUAUCCACGCAGCCCCACGCCUCCUCCUGGCCCUGGCCUACUGGCGGCUUUAUCGCCGGGGCCCCUUCUCGAUGGCCCCUCAACACACCACCCUCUGUGUUGUCAACUUCAUCGCAAACCUGCUGGAGAAUCUGGCCCUCCUCACACUCACCUACGUCUCCUCCAUCGACAACCACCGGAUCCAUGAACGAGCCUUCCUGACCUUCAUGGCCGCCUCCCAGCUCCACAUGCUGCUCACCUGCACCAUCUGGCAGCGAUACCGGAAACCCACCGUCACUCCUGAGGAGCGGACGUCGUUCAGCUGGAAGUUGCGUUUAUUUUUCUUCAACGUGACGUGUUUCUCUCUGGCCAUCGGCUGCUACCUGCGGCACAACGCCUACUGUGAGGCCGGGGUCUACACCCUCUUUGCGUUGCUGGAGUACCUGGUGGUCCUCUCCAACAUGGCCUUCCACAUGACUGCCUACUGGGACUUCAACAACAAGGAACUGUUCAUCGGCACCCGGCCCCCCGACAAGAGCUUCUGAAUCCCCCCCCCCCCGUACCCCAUUCUCCCUCUCUCCCCCCCUCUCUCU